AUUGCAGGUCUGAUUUCCCACGACUGCUGUUGUCCGCUGUCCUCCCGUGGGUGUGACCCUCAGCCGACACCAUGAGCAGCGACACCGAAAUGGAAGUGUUCGGCACAGCCGCUCCCUUCCUCCGGAAGUCAGAAAAGGAGAGGAUCGAGGCUCAGAACCAGCCUUUUGAUGCCAAGACCUACUGCUUUGUGGUCGACUCGAAGGAAGAGUACGCCAAGGGGAAAAUUAAGAGUAGCCAGGACGGGAAGGUCACGGUGGAAACCGAAGACAACAGGACCCUGGUGGUGAAGCCAGAGGACGUGUACGCGAUGAACCCCCCCAAGUUCGACCGGAUCGAGGACAUGGCCAUGCUGACGCACCUGAAUGAACCGGCCGUGCUGUACAACCUCAAGGACCGCUACACCUCCUGGAUGAUCUACACCUACUCGGGCCUCUUCUGUGUCACCGUCAACCCCUACAAGUGGCUGCCGGUGUACAACCCCGAGGUGGUGGAGGGCUACCGGGGCAAAAAGCGCCAGGAGGCCCCGCCCCACAUCUUCUCCAUCUCUGACAACGCCUACCAGUUCAUGCUCACAGAUCGUGAGAACCAGUCUAUUCUGAUCACCGGAGAAUCCGGGGCAGGAAAGACCGUGAACACCAAAAGGGUCAUCCAGUACUUUGCAACAAUUGCAGCGACUGGAGACCUCGCCAAGAAGAAGGACUCCAAAAUGAAGGGGACUCUGGAAGACCAGAUCAUCAGCGCCAACCCGCUGCUGGAGGCCUUCGGGAACGCCAAGACCGUCAGGAACGACAACUCGUCCCGCUUUGGCAAGUUCAUCCGAAUCCAUUUUGGUACCACGGGCAAGCUGGCCUCUGCAGAUAUUGAAACGUAUCUGCUGGAAAAGUCGAGAGUAACCUUCCAGCUGAAGGCUGAGAGGAGCUACCACAUCUUCUACCAGAUUCUUUCCAACAGGAAGCCCGAGCUCAUAGAGCUGCUGCUUAUUACAACCAACCCUUAUGACUACCCGUUCAUCAGCCAGGGUGAGAUCCUGGUGGCCAGCAUUGAGGAUGCCGAGGAGCUGCUGGCUACGGAUAGCGCCAUCGACAUCCUGGGCUUCACCCCAGAGGAGAAAUCUGGACUCUACAAGCUGACAGGCGCUGUGAUGCACUACGGGAACAUGAAGUUCAAGCAGAAACAGCGGGAAGAGCAGGCAGAGCCAGACGGCACCGAAGUGGCUGACAAGACAGCCUAUCUGAUGGGCCUGAACUCUUCGGACCUCCUGAAAGCUCUGUGCUUCCCCAGAGUGAAAGUUGGGAACGAGUAUGUCACCAAGGGCCAGACUGUGGACCAGGUGCACCAUGCCGUGAACGCCCUCUCCAAAUCCGUCUACGAGAAGCUGUUCCUGUGGACGGUCACCCGCAUCAACCAGCAGCUGGACACCAAGCAGCCCAGACAGCACUUCAUCGGCGUCCUGGACAUCGCGGGCUUCGAGAUCUUUGAGUUCAACAGCCUGGAGCAGCUGUGCAUCAACUUCACCAACGAGAAACUGCAACAGUUUUUCAACCACCACAUGUUCGUGCUGGAGCAGGAGGAGUACAAGAAGGAGGGCAUCGAGUGGACGUUCAUCGACUUCGGCAUGGACCUGGCCGCCUGCAUUGAGCUCAUCGAGAAGCCUAUGGGCAUCUUCUCCAUCCUGGAAGAGGAGUGCAUGUUCCCCAAGGCCACAGACACCUCCUUCAAGAACAAGCUGUAUGACCAGCACCUGGGCAAGUCUGCCAACUUCCAGAAGCCCAAGGUGGUCAAGGGCAGGGCCGAGGCCCACUUCUCGCUGAUCCACUACGCGGGCACCGUGGACUACAGCGUCUCGGGCUGGCUGGAGAAGAACAAGGACCCCCUGAACGAGACGGUGGUCGGCCUGUACCAGAAGUCCUCCAACAGGCUCCUGGCACACCUCUACGCCACCUUCGCCACGGCAGACGGUAACAGACUCCGGGGUGUGCCUUGGACCCGCACAUUUUCACUCCACCGGCCCACGGGACCAGAACAGCUCUGUAGGUCUGCUAAGGGCACACGCCAUCUUUUCUUUCUUUCAGCUGACAGUGGGAAGAAGAAAGUUGCCAAGAAAAAGGGCUCUUCCUUCCAAACCGUCUCUGCCCUUUUCAGGGAAAACCUGAACAAGCUGAUGUCAAAUUUAAGAACAACCCACCCUCACUUUGUGCGCUGCAUAAUUCCCAAUGAAACCAAAACCCCAGGGGCCAUGGAGCACAGCCUCGUCCUGCACCAGCUGCGCUGUAAUGGUGUCCUGGAGGGUAUCCGCAUCUGCAGGAAGGGGUUCCCAAACAGGAUUCUCUAUGGGGAUUUUAAACAAAGAUACCGAGUGCUGAAUGCCAGCGCCAUCCCUGAGGGGCAGUUCAUCGACAGCAAGAAGGCGUGUGAAAAGCUGCUGGCAUCCAUCGACAUUGACCACACUCAGUACAAGUUUGGACACACCAAGGUGUUCUUCAAGGCUGGCUUGCUGGGAACCCUGGAGGAAAUGCGGGAUGACCGCCUGGCCAAGCUCAUCACCCGGACGCAGGCCGUGUGCAGAGGGUUCCUCAUGCGCGUGGAAUUCCAGAAGAUGGUGCAGAGGAGGGAGUCCAUCUUCUGCAUCCAGUACAACAUCCGAGCCUUCAUGAACGUCAAGCACUGGCCCUGGAUGAAACUCUUCUUCAAGAUCAAGCCCCUCCUCAAGAGCGCAGAGACGGAGAAGGAGAUGGCCACCAUGAAGGAAGAGUUCCAGAAAACUAAAGAAGAACUCGCCAAGUCAGAGGCAAAGAGGAAGGAAAUGGAGGAAAAAUUGGUGACUCUAGUACAAGAGAAGAAUGACCUGCAGCUCCAAGUACAAGCUGAAAGUGAAAACUUGUUGGAUGCAGAGGAAAGAUGUGAUCAACUGAUCAAAGCCAAGUUCCAGCUGGAGGCAAAGAUCAAGGAGGUGACCGAGAGAGCUGAGGAUGAGGAAGAGAUCAAUGCCGAGCUGACCGCCAAGAAGAGGAGACUGGAGGACGAGUGCUCGGAACUGAAGAAAGACAUAGAUGACCUUGAGCUGACACUGGCCAAGGUUGAGAAGGAGAAACAUGCCACCGAGAACAAGGUUAAAAACCUGACUGAGGAACUCGCUGGUCUGGAUGAAACCAUUGCAAAGUUAACCAGGGAGAAGAAGGCCCUCCAGGAGGCCCACCAGCAGACGCUGGAUGACCUCCAAGCUGAAGAGGACAAGGUCAACUCUUUGAGCAAAAUCAGGAGUAAACUGGAACAGCAGGUGGACGAUCUGGAAAGCGCCCUAGAACAAGAAAAGAAGCUUCGUGUAGACCUGGAAAGGAGCAAAAGGAAGCUCGAGGGAGACCUGAAGCUCGCCCACGAGUCCCUGUCGGACCUGGAGGACGACAAGCAACGGCUGGACGAAAGGCUCAAGAAGAAGGAUUUCGAGUACAGUCAACUGCAAAGCAAAGCAGAAGGUGAGCAGACUCUGGGCCUGCAGUUUCAGAAGAAAAUCAAAGAGCUACAGGCCCGCAUCGAGGAGCUGGAGGAGGAGACCGAGGCAGAGCGGGCCUCCCGCGCCAAAGCAGAGAAGCAGCGCUCGGACCUCUCCCGGGAGCUGGAGGAGAUCAGCGAGCGGCUGGAGGAGGCCGGCGGGGCCACUUCGGCCCAGAUUGAGAUGAACAAGAAGCGGGAGGCCGAGUUCCUGAAGCUGCGCCGGGACCUGGAGGAGGCCACCCUGCAGCACGAGGCCACGGCGGCCGCGCUGAGGAAGAAGCACGCGGACAGCGUGGCCGAGCUGGGGGAGCAGAUUGACAGCCUGCAGAGGGUCAAGCAGAAGCUGGAGAAGGAGAAGAGUGAGCUGAAGCUGGAGCUCGACGACCUCGGCAGCAACGUGGAGAGCGUGUCCAAGUCCAAGGCGAACGUGGAAAAAAUGUGCCGCACUCUGGAGGAUCAGCUAAGCGAGGCCAGGGGCAAGGACGAGCAAAGUCAGAGGAGCCUGAGCGAGCUGACCACGCAGAAGUCACGGCUGCGGACAGAGGCCGGUGAGCUGAGUCGUCAACUGGAAGAAAAGGAGAGCAUAGUAUCACAGCUUUCCAGAAGCAAGCAAGCAUUUACCCAGCAGGUAGAAGAGCUCAAGAGGCAGUUAGAGGAAGAGAGCAAGGCCAAGAGCGCCCUGGCCCACGCCCUGCAGUCCUCGCGCCACGACUGCGAGCUGCUGCGGGGACAGUGCGAGGAGGAGCAGGAAGCCAAGGCCGAGCUGCAGAGGGCGCUGUCCAAGGCCAACAGCGAGGUGGCCCAGUGGAGGACCAAGUACGAGACGGACGCCAUCCAGCGCACGGAGGAGCUGGAGGAGGCCAAGAAAAAGCUUGCUCGGCGCCUUCAGGAGUCCGAGGAGCAGGCGGAGGCGGUGAGCGCUAAGUGCGCUUCCCUGGAGAGGACCAGGCAGAGGCUGCAGGCAGAGCUGGAGGACCUGGGCCUCGACGUGGGCAGAGCCAACUCCCUGGCUGCCGCUCUGGACAAGAAGCAGAGGAACUUUGACAAGGUGCUCGCCGAAUGGAAAACCAAGUGGGAGGAGAGCCAGGCAGAGCUGGAGGCAUCUCUGAAGGAAUCUCGCUCCCUGAGUACUGAGCUCUUCAAACUGAAAAAUGCCUAUGAAGAAGCCUUAGAUCAACUUGAAACCGUGAAACGGGAAAAUAAGAAUUUAGAGCAGGAGAUAGCAGAUCUCACAGAACAAAUUGCUGAAAAUGGUAAAACCAUCCAUGAACUGGAGAAAUCAAGAAAGCAGAUGGAGCUGGAAAAGGCGGAUAUCCAGCUGGCUCUUGAGGAAGCAGAGGCCGCUCUUGAGCAUGAAGAGGCCAAGAUCCUCCGAGUCCAGCUGGAACUCUCACAAGUGAAAUCAGAAAUCGACAGAAAGGUGGCCGAGAAAGACGAAGAGAUGGAGCAGCUGAAGAAGAACUGCCAGAGAGCAGUGGAGACGAUGCAGAGCGCCCUGGACGCCGAGGCGCGGAGCCGGAACGAGGCCGUCAGGCUCAAGAAGAAGAUGGAGGGGGACCUGAACGAAAUCGAGAUCCAGCUGAGCCACGCCAACCGCCAGGCCGCAGAGACCCUCAAACACCUCCGGAGCGUCCAGGGGCAGCUGAAGGAUACCCAGCUCCACCUGGAUGAUGCCCUCCGCGGCCAGGAGGACCUGAAGGAGCAGCUGGCGAUCGUGGAGCGCAGAGCCAACCUGCUGCAGGCCGACGUGGAGGAGCUGCGGGCCACCCUGGAGCAGACGGAGAGGAGCAGGAAGGUGGCAGAGCAGGAGCUCCUGGACGCCAGCGAGCGCGUCCAGCUCCUGCACACCCAGAACACCAGCCUGAUCAAUACAAAGAAGAAGCUGGAGACAGACAUCUCCCAAAUGCAAGGAGAGAUGGAGGACAUUCUCCAGGAAGCGCGCAACGCAGAAGAGAAGGCCAAGAAGGCCGUCACUGACGCGGCCAUGAUGGCCGAGGAGCUGAAGAAGGAGCAGGACACGAGCGCCCACCUGGAGCGGAUGAAGAAGAACCUGGAGCAGACGGUGAAGGAGCUGCAGCAGCGGCUGGACGAGGCUGAGCAGCUGGCCCUGAAGGGCGGGAGGAAGCAGAUCCAGAAGCUGGAGGCCAGGAUCCGAGAGCUGGAGUCGGAGCUUGAAGGGGAGCAGAGGAAGAGCACUGAGUGUGUCAAGGGCCUGAGGAAGUAUGAGCGGCGGGUCAAGGAGUUAACUUACCAGUGCGAAGAGGACAGGAAGAACGUGCUGAGAUUACAGGAUCUGGUGGACAAACUUCAAGUGAAGGUCAAGUCCUACAAGAGGCAGGCCGAGGAGGCUGACGAACAAGCCAGCGCUCAUCUCACCAAGUUCCGAAAAGCUCAGCACGAGCUGGAGGAGGCUGAAGAACGCGCCGACAUUGCCGAAUCUCAAGUCAACAAGCUGCGCGCGAAGACCAGAGACUUCACCUCCAGCCGGAUGGUGGCCCAUGAGAGUGAAGAGUGAGUGAUCCUCCGCUGGGACAGGACGGAAAAUAUGCGAAACAUGCAUUUGCAUGGUUCCUGACCCUUAUACUUAAUGUCCAUGUGACUGCUUUUCACAUGCAAUAAAUUUUGCUUUGUUUUCAA